AUGCUCCUAAGACGCGGCCAGAACCGUUGGCUCGUCUUUUGCGCCGCCUUUGUCGCAGCCUUUUUGUUCGUCGCCUACUAUGGCGACCACUUGGCCACGCUCCGCCGCAUGACGUCGUCAGCCUCGUCGUGGUCGCAAACGCACUCGGCCACGACGCUAUCAAAACUACAACCGCAGCACAAUGGCGACGCCCAGCUCGAAAUCGUCGUCGCGACGACAAAGCACGAAAACGUCACCUGGCUGCACGACUACCUGCUCGAUUGGCCCAAGAACAUCUACGUCGUCGACGACAAGGGUGCUCCGCUGACGGUCCCCAAAAACAAAGGCCGCGAGGCCAUGGUUAUCCUCACGUACAUUAUCGAUCGCUACGACACCCUCCCCGCCAACAUCCUCUUCCACCACGCCGAGCGCUUCCAGUGGCACAACGACGACCCCGACUACGACGCCCUGCAGCUGCUCAAGCGCUUCCGCGUCGCCCACCUCCAGGAGCAGGGGUACGUUAACCUGCGCUGCGCCUGGGUCCUCGGCUGCCCCGUCGAGAUCCGCCCGCUCGCCGACGCCCAGGCCGCGCCCGACGCCAACGGCAUUCCCCACGCCAAGCACAUCUACGCCCAGGCCUUCGCCGACCUCUUCCCCGGCGUCGCGCUGCCCUCCGAGGUGGGCGUGCCCUGCUGCUCCCAGUUUGGCGUCACGCGCGAGACGGUGCGCGCGCGGCCCCGCGACGACUACGUCCGCUUCCGCGAGUGGCUGCUGGCGUCCGAGAUGCAGGAUGCCAUCAGCGGCCGUGUGUUUGAAUAUGGAUGGCAUAUAAUUUUCAACAAGGAAGCCGUGCACUGCCCGCACGCAGGUGACUGCUACUGCAAGCAGUACGGCAUGUGCGACAGGCGCGACUGCGACAAGGAGGGCUGCCCGGGGCAGUAUCAUCUUCCAAAGUACUCUAAUCUACCGCAGGGCUGGCCCAUGAUUGGUUGGGAUGGCGAGGACAGACACUGGAGCGGCGAGCUCUAG